CAACAAACACACCAACCAGCAAUCAACAACCGACCAUUGACAAAGCCCAGCAGCAGCAGCAGCAGCAACAACAACAACAACAACAGCACCAGCUCCUUCGACUCUUUCUUCCUUCUUUCCUUCUUUCCUACCUCCUCCUCCCUCUCGUUCAUCCACUCACUCAUUUGCUCAUAAUACCCGCCUCCUUACUCCAACUCGAGAUACCUUCCGACAACUGCGCACCUCAUACCUCACUUCACACUUCCACUCAACUUUAUCACACUACAAACAAUAAUGACUGAUAUGGCAUCCCAGGACUUCAAGAACCCUCACCUCGAAACACACGAUGACAAGAACGAGCUGAUCGCCAUCGCAGCAGCGAAGGGUGCCGGUCUGGCUCUCGUUGCCGGAGGCCUCGUCGCCAUGUCCGGUGCCCGCUACUCCCGGACUUAUCAGACCAUGUCCCGCUCUAUGAAGAUGUUCCUUCUCGGUUCAGGUGUCGCCGCAACCUCGAUCCUGUUUGGUGACCACGCCCGUGUGCACUACGAAGACCGCCAGCUGCUCCGUCACCUCGAUGCCGAGGCCGCAGAGGCCAAGCGUGCCGAGAUCCGCGCACAACGUGGUGUCCUUGCCGAGCUCAAUUACCAGGUCCGCGAGAACCGCAACAUGGUCGUUGGUGUGGCCUGGUUGUCGUGCAUGGCCGGCUCUCUCGGCUACACGUUCUCGAAGAAGGGUCUGACGACGACCCAACGUAUUGUUACUGCCCGUAUGUACGCCCAGGGAUUCACGAUUUUAACGAUGAUGGCCGUCGCCGCCAUCGAACUCACGGAACCACCACGACCAAAGCAGGAGGUCCUCACGGAUCAGUGGAAGGCUAUCCUUGCAAAGGACAGGCAGGGCAAUUAUAUCGUCAAGGAUCCCGCAACACAGGCCAAUAACUCUGUCGCGGCCGCAUCCUUGUCGGCGCCUUCAACGGCAGUAGCAGCAUCGGCAUAAAGGAAAAAAAAAAAAAAAAAUGGCGCAUUCUUGGACGGAAAAAAAAAAAAGAAAAAGUCGUUUGUAAACAAUUCACCCAUCAUAGAUAAAAUAAUAAACAUAAAUCAUUCAUCGUCA